AUGGUGGUGGCUCUGAGAGGUGUCAAGGGUGCGAACAGCUAUGGGCAACUUGGCCUUGGCCAUAAGGAAGAUGUGCUUCUGCCCCAGCAGCUGAAUGACUUCUGUAAACCGAGGUGUGUCAGGAGGAUCACAGGAGGAGGGGGCCACUCUGCUGUAGUCACAGAUGGAGGAAGCCUUUUUGUUUGUGGCCUGAACAAAGAUGGGCAGCUGGGGCUUGGUCACACAGAGGAUGUCCUGUAUUUUACCCCCUGCAAAUCCCUCCUUGGCUGUCCCAUCCAACAGGUGGCCUGUGGCUGGGAUUUCACUAUUAUACUCACAGAAAGUGGUCAAGUUCUGUCGUGUGGAUCUAACUCCUUUGGCCAAUUAGGAGUUCCUCAUGGGCCUCGAAGAUGUGUAGUUCCCCAGGCCAUUGAGCUCCUGAGAGAGAAGGUUGUUAGUAUUGCUGCUGGACUGAGGCACGCUUUAGCUGCUACAGCAAGUGGCAUCGUGUUCCAGUGGGGAACUGGUUUGGCAUCAUCUGGACGGCGGUUGUGCCCUGUGAAGACUCUCCCACUGUUUUUGACAGCAAAGGAACCGAGCAGAGUGACAGGCCUAGAGGAUUCUAAAGCGACGUGUGUUGUUGCUGGCUCCUGUCACUCAGCCUCAUUGACAGCUGCAGGAGAGCUGUAUGUUUGGGGAAGCAAUAAGCACGGGCAGCUGGCUUCCCAGGCUGCUUUCCUUCCUGCGCCCCAGAAAAUAGAAGCGCCUUGUUUUCAGAAUGAAAAGGUCACCGCCGUCUGGAGUGGGUGGACACACCUAGUUGCUCAGACAGAAACUGGCAAGGUGUUUACCUGGGGCCGUGCGGACUACGGUCAGCUAGGGAGGAAGCUGGAGUCUCAUGAAGGCUGGAAACUAGACCAGCAGGAUUCAUCCCUCCCCGGCCUGAGACCACGAAACAGCACACUUUCAUCUCUGCAUUGCUUGACGGGAGCUACUGAGGUCUCUUGUGGCUCAGAGCAUAAUCUGGCAGUGAUUAGCGGCGCAUGUUACUCCUGGGGCUGGAACGAGCAUGGCAUGUGCGGGGACGGCACCGAAGCCAAUGUCUGGGCCCCAAAGCCCGUGCAGGCUCUGCGGUCGUCAUCGGGACUCCUUGUGGGCUGCGGGGCUGGCCACUCCCUGGCCCUCUGCCAGCUGCCAGCCCUUCCUGCACUGGGCCAGGGCCCCAUGGUCACUGACGAUUCCCCAGAUGCCACCAAAGACGCCAAAUCUCAGGAAGCCAUCGACAAAGAGAGAAACUGGAAGGAAAGACAACCAGAAAUUUCUACCCAAAGCCAAUCUGACAGGUGCAGAAAUGGGGGUCUUGUGACAGAGACUCUUCAAUAAAGUGGCUUUUUCUACCC